AUGUUCAUCCCUGUAUCAAUCAAAUAUCCACUAGAAUGGCUUUUGGUAUUCGUUCUUCUCUUGACUGCCAAAUUGAUCGAGUGGUAUAAGCCCCCUUUCAUCAGGGCAGUCCAAUUAACAGAUCCCACCAUUAAUUUCCCUUUCAUUGCCAAACAACAAUACUCAGAUCUUAAACUGUUUUCUGCCGCCGUAUUCCUUCCUUUCUUCUGCAUAUGUGUAUACAACUCAACGUGGCUGGCUUUAAACGGUUGGAGAAAUGCAAAACAGUUCUACGUUUGGCACAUGUCAUUGCUUAGUUUCGGAUUCGCUGUGGCUCUGAAUGGUAUAAGCACGGAAUUCCUCAAGACGUUAAUAGGAAAGCCAAGACCAGAUUUUGUUGCUAGAUGUGGUCCUGAUAGAACACCAAAGGGAGCACUAACAGAAACGGCGAUCAUUGUUGACCCGUUAAGGGUCUGCACCCGUCCGUACGGAGACGCAGUAUUUCUAGACGGAUUCAAGUCUACGCCUUCUGGACACUCAAGUUUUGCCCUUUGUGGUCUAGUGUGGCUGACUUUAUAUGCAUAUGGUCAAUCUAGAGUGUUACAUGGUAGCUCCAAAGCCUCUCAGUUACUACUAACUCUUCCCCUAUGGUUUGCUGUUCAAAUUUGCAUAUCGAGAACUCAAGAUUACAGACAUCACUUCAAAGAUAUUCUCCUAGGAGGCCUUCUAGGAGGCUUAGUGGGUGCAGGCACGUACUAUUGGUUCUUUCCAUCUGUGACUUCGGAGAAAUGCAAUGAACCUAAGACGAGUGGGCCUCCGGUGGAUUGGUGCAAGGAGCCUCAAAAUAUUGUAUGA